ACACAACAGCAUCCGAACUGCUCCUGGCACCGUGGGACCUCUCAGCUUCGGAGCCCAAGCCCCGCAGGCAUCUCUCGCCUUCCCGGCUGCUUUUCCUUCCCACCUGGCGGGGACAUGGGCGUCCCUUUGCCCUUGCCUGCAGGUGGGGUGGCUGCUGCAACCCUGGGGGGCGCAUCUAUCUGUCGCCCUGCCUCUGGGCUCUCUGAAUGCCUCUAAGUCCAGGUACCUCUUGCAACUCUUCCAGGUGCAAAGGAUUUAUCUGUUCUAUAAGGUUUGGAUUUCGUUUUUUCUUUUUUUCCUACGGAAGCUUUGGUUGAAUAUAUAUAUUUUUUUCCUCUGCUCCACUUCUUCGACUCAGCAUCCUCUCGGUUCAACUUUUUUCCCCCCCGAUUCGUUUUAGCUAGAGAUUAGAUGUGAAUGCAUACACCCAUUCAUACACACAUAGAAACGUACACCUACUAGAGCUUAAGUGUGGAAUCAUUGUUUUCCGAGAGCACCAAUCUCUUGACACUUUUCAUCGAUACCUCUGUCCUUUACCUGUUUGGGAUUUGACAAGACGUCCAGGCUCAGUGUGUGGCUGUGGUUUCUGAUUGCUCUGGAAAAGGUUAUUUCUUCGCAAGAACUGAGUCUCCAGCACUCACUCGCUAAGACAGACCUCUGAGUAACUGGGCAUUUGGCCUUCUUGCCUACAGAGCCUAAUGGAAGAUUGAAUGUAGAGGAGCCGAUUAUUACAUCCUGUGAAGUAAGAGCUCGCUAUCAGCCAGCUUUUAACUUCUCCUCCAGCAUUAUUUCAACUGUGGACUCUCCUAAAAUCUGCUUUGUUGGGAGAAUAAAAACCAAAACAAAACCAGGGUAAGAAGGGGUGAUUUAAAAAGAAAAGUUAGUAUCUUUAUCUUACCUCACUCGUGGAUGCAAAGUCUAGGGCUGUAACUCAGUUGGAUUGCACCUUUAAUUCCAGGAGGCUGCAGAAGAAAGGGACAAUGGCUCUAAGUGGGAACUGUAGCCGUUAUUAUCCUCGGGACCAGGGGGCUGCUGUUCCCAACUCCUUCCCUGAAGUCAUAGAGCUGAAUGUUGGCGGCCAGGUUUACUUCACUCGCCAUUCCACAUUAAUAAGCAUCCCCCAUUCUCUCCUGUGGAAAAUGUUCUCCCCAAAGAGAGACACUGCUAACGAUCUAGCCAAGGACUCCAAGGGAAGGUUUUUCAUUGACAGAGAUGGCUUUCUGUUCCGUUAUAUUCUGGACUAUCUCAGGGACAGGCAGGUGGUCCUGCCUGAUCACUUUCCAGAAAGAGGAAGGCUGAAAAGAGAAGCUGAGUACUUCCAGCUCCCUGACCUCGUCAAACUCCUGGCCCCCGAGGAUGUCAAGCAAAGCCCGGAUGAGUUCUGCCACAGUGACUUCGAAGAUGCCUCCCAAGGAAGCGACACGAGAAUCUGCCCCCCCUCUUCGCUGCUUCCUCACGACCGCAAGUGGGGUUUUAUUACUGUGGGUUACAGGGGAUCCUGUACCUUGGGCAGAGAGGGGCAAGCAGAUGCCAAGUUCCGGAGAGUCCCCCGGAUUUUGGUUUGCGGAAGAAUUUCCUUGGCAAAAGAAGUCUUUGGAGAAACUUUGAAUGAAAGUAGAGACCCCGACCGAGCUCCAGAAAGAUACACCUCCAGAUUUUAUCUCAAGUUUAAACAUCUGGAAAGAGCUUUUGAUAUGUUGUCAGAGUGUGGAUUCCACAUGGUGGCCUGUAACUCCUCGGUUACAGCAUCUUUUGUCAACCAGUAUACAGAAGAUAAGAUCUGGUCGAGCUAUACUGAGUACGUCUUCUAUCGUGAGCCUUCCCGGUGGUCCUCCUCUCAUUGUGACUGCUGCUGCAAGAAUGGCAAGGGAGACAAAGGAGAGAGCGGCACCUCCUGCAAUGACCUGUCCACUUCCAGCUGUGACAGCCAGUCAGAGGCCAGCUCUCCGCAGGAGACGGUGAUCUGUGGGCCUGUAACGCGCCAGAGCAACAUCCAGACUCUGGAUCGGCCCAUCAAGAAAGGUCCGGUGCAGCUGAUCCAACAGUCAGAGAUGAGGCGGAAAAGUGACCUGCUCCGGACUCUGACGUCAGGCUCCAGGGAGUCGAACAUAAGCAGCAAAAAGAAAGCUGCGAAGGAAAAGCUCUCCAUCGAGGAAGAGCUGGAGAAAUGUAUCCAGGAUUUCUUGAAGAUAAAAAUUCCAGAUCGCUUCCCUGAGCGAAAACAUCCUUGGCAGUCUGAACUUUUACGGAAGUAUCAUCUAUAGGGGGAGGGCUGUGGGUAGUCGCCACUUUGAAAUAAACCUCCCCAAAGGAAGACAUAUGUUAAAGGAAAAAUAACAACUAACGGUCCACAUUUGUUAGAUCACAAUGUCCAUUGAUGUACUACUGCCUACUUUGCCUAGCUCACCUUAACGUGUAAAUCCACAGGGUAGAUUUCUUUCUAGAUGUGGAACCAGAAACGAGCUCUUAGUUGUCCUUUGUCUUUUAUUUACUUGGUCCCAUGUGCUGAGAAUCUUAAGAUACAACAAGAACCAGCUACGUGUGAGUAGCUCACAGGCUUUGGGAAUCAUUGAUCCCAAACCAGGUUUUUUUGUUUUGUUUUGUUUUGUUUUGUUUACUCUCAUUUUUCUGCCUCCUCCCCUUGACCAAGAAUGGACAGUUGAAGGAGAUAUAACCCGGUGGCUUAUGUUAAGAAAUUAUCCUUUUCCCUUUCCUUUUGUUUGUUUAUGGGGUUGAGGGGAGAAUGGCAAAUUUGUAUGAUUUUUCACUAAAAUCUCUAUGUGCCAGGUUCUAUUGACUUUGUAUGCAUGAGCGUUUCUGACACAAGCACAGUAUAUGUCUGUAUAUAUGCACAAAGAAUGCACACGACCUAGGGCCUGGACAGCAGAGGGCUAACAUCUUACUAUCAGCUGCCCCUACAAGAGCACUUCAGACAACCAAGCCUCUGCCUAUUUAUUAAAACCCUCCUGGGCAGAUUUCCCAGCCUCCCUUGGCAGGCAGCACUUUCUAAAGCUGAAUAGGCCCCCAUCAUCAACAAAUUCUCUUUCUUAUUUUGAAAUAAAUACCCACAGGCUCCUUUGAUUUAUUAUGUUCUUUCCCUACAUUAGGAGCUGGUGAGAUGAGCUAGUCUAACCCUGUUUGUGUUUAACAGACAAGCAAACAGUCAUAUCCACAAACAGAGUGUUGAAAGAUCUCGCACUCAGCCUUCUCCGUUCUAAUUAGAACAAUCACCAUUCUCUAGCUGACUCAGAGUUUUAAACUUGCCCACAUUUUAUUAACAAGGCCUUUGAUAUAAUCCAGGCAAAUUCUCUGCCUCCCUAUGGGUUGUGAAGCUACGAACAACACCCAAUGAUUGAAAAUGCAUCCAGCCUUCCGUUCCCUUGUUUUAGAGGAUUUGUGCCCCAACAUAUGUCUAAAUUUCUCAUACAAACUUUACACUACACCUGUUUACUGUUGCUUGCUUGUAGCCAGGUUUGGAUAACUUUGGAAUCCUGGGGUUUGGCUGUGGCCCUACUACGGUUUAGUUGUAUAAUUUCUACAGUGUCUGUAAUGACCCAAGUGGGUGGCUGGAACAUAAAAGUUACUAAUUUGAUUUUUUAAACUUUUAAAAAAUAUUCCUGACCUGUGUAGAUACCAUCCAAAAGAAACUGUUAACACUGUCUAUCCAUGUGAUUCUGUCUUCUACUAAUCUUCCAGUAGUUCUUUUGUUUACUGUGCUAAAAGAAUGUCCAAAGACAACUUUUAAUUUUCAGCAUUCCUCAUACAUCCAAGUGGUAACUGAAAAGAUGAUUUAUCACUAGUGUGUGCCAAGAACUCCUAUUUUUUUGUUGUGUGUGUGUCUGUGUGUGUGUGUGUUUGCAUGCAUGUGCACACACCUGUGCACAUGUGUCAUUGUUUGAAUGUGUGUAUGGUUAACAAAAGUAAUAAAGGCAAUCAAACAAUGUCUUUAUAGAAGAAAAAUCUAAUGACCAGUUUUUUCUUUCUGAAAACUUUCAUUGGGGCACAUUUAUUAUUUAAGAAUCUUCUCCUUGAUUUAUUGGUGCCCAUUAGUAUAUGAUUGUCUUUCUGAAUUUUUUAUAAUUCCUGAUUACACAGGUGGGUAAUAGGAUAAGGCAAUAUUUUCUUGUCCUGAUACUUCAAGUAAAGUUUAAAAUUCUAUUUAAGUGAAAAAGAAAGUUUCCUUGAGGUGCUGAGUGACCAGGAAAAUUAUCCUUUGUGAAAGUGUUCUUUUGCGUAUUAAUAGUUUAGCAGAUAGUUGAUAGAUAGCUUUGUGUGUAAAUCCUAUUAAUGCAUCUUUCUCCUCUCAAUGGUUCUUGAUGGUACAUCAAAAUUACUAUCAUACUUAUUACGGAAGAUAUUGUGAAGCAUCAUGGAUCUUAAUGGGUCAAGAAGAAGCUGGAUGUGAAUUGUUGGCCAGCUGAUCAUUGACUGAAUCACUUAAAGGGCUGCUAGAGAAGAUGAGAUUCGAAUAAAUUGGCCAAAAUCCCCAGGUUUUAAAAUUUUAACCCUAAUCCUAAUGGCAUCGAGACACUCAAGAAGUGGUCUGCCAUUGACCCACAGCUUCUACUAGAGUCUUCAAAUAGGAAAUCAGUGCUGCUCCCAAAAGAAUUGUAGCAUUCAUUGUCCUGCAGGCUUUGUUGUUAUGCCUUUUUCUUUUCCUUCACAGGUACUCUUUGUACCCGUGAUGAGCAAGCUUAGCACUAGAAAUCUGUUGAAGAAACAACAUUAUCACUUUCAUUUUGGCUACUUGUAAAGUGGCAUCUGCCCCAUGGUAAAAAGUUUAAACAGAAAGAGAAAAGACAUGGUAUUCAUUGAUGGGAGUAUUGGCAUGUUCAGGAAUACAGCCUGGGUCAGUAGAAGGCUUUGAGAAGGCACCAGGGAUAUUAAGGGUCAGGUCCCUUUUGGAGUAGAGUCAUCCAGCGUGCUCCCUGUAGUCAUCACCACACUGGAAAUGAUCUUUGGCUAAGUGAGCCAUGGAAACAAAACACUCUGCUAUCCCUGGCUUCAGAGCCUUAACCUCAGCUAUGGGCAGCACAGUAUUACAUCAAGUUCAGUUCUUAUUGUGGGUUUUGACAGGGGCUGUACAUUGUUGAUAUCAAGAAAUGAAUAGUGCUAGGUAGUACUAUUCUAUCCAGUACUAUGUUAUCUAUGCUAAAAGGAAAAUAAAACUGUUAAAAAGAAGUAUCCUACUGAAACCCGACACAUUAAAGAGCCUUAGUUUGGGCUGCCUUCUGAGAAUCCUGUAAGGUUAAAUCCACAGAAGCUAGGGUGGUCACUCCUUAAAUGGAUAUGAAUCUCCUGAAGUCAGAGGAACAUUCCUAACAUGGACAUAUUUAUAAAGUCCUCCAACCCACUAUUGAGUUGUAUUAUAUGGCAAACAGCAGUGGGAAGAGGAAAAUAAUACUUAUUUCAUUUACACAAUUAUUCUCUUCCACUGCUCAGAAAGAAACAAGGCACUGAUGGAUAGUAGUGAGGGAUACAGUGAGAUGGCUUCCAAAGUGUGCUGUCCUAUCAGUCUUCCAGGGAGAUGCAUGAGUGAUGAGUUUUUAAAAUGGAGGAAGAGUGGAAUGACACACAUGGUUCCAUAGUGGAAUGUUUAUUUCAGCUAACUCAUGGUAGAGAAACACUUGAUUAACAGAGGGCCCACGUGGAGCCACCCAUGUAUUCAUUGGUCUUGUCUGAUUCAGAAGCAUCAUUUUCCACACAUGGCAGAUGCCUGCCCAUUCUUCAUUCUCUUAGCCUUCCCUGAAUAUGCUUCUGGGUUACGUUUCUUUCCGUAGACUUUCCAUGGCUCUGAGUGUGCUUUUUACAUUGCUGAGAAGAACAUGUUCCAAGGGAUGUGGGGGAGAAAUGGGGGUAGACUGCUAGAGCAGUUUUAAAAAUUACUCUACUACAGUUCCUACAAUGGAAUACAAAAUUUGAUUCUCAUAACAUUACUUUGCUAUCACUUCAAUCUCCCCAUUUGUUGUCUAGAGUAGACUAACCCAGAAAAGACAGGUUUUUGGCAUUCUCAACCACUGGAUACAUUGUCCUGAAUUUUGAGUAAUGUUGGUCUUAUGUUUGAUCUUUGCUAGAAUUAAUAAGACAUUUUCUGUGAACUUAUAGGAUAAAUUCUUUGUGAGCUCUACUUGGCAUAAUAAUUUUCUAAGGAAAAAUGACAGGAAUUAUUUUCCUCCUGAUGACUUUUUGGCAGAUAAAUGUUUUUGCCAAUUUGCAUGCAGAGUUAUAGCUCCUAGUAUGGGCCAUUUCUCUCUUUAAUGUCUUGGUAUUGUUAGCAUCUUAUAAUCUUGAUGGCCCACUGUUCCAAUUUAUUUAUUUAUUUUAUCUUAUAGUCUCAAAAUGAUUCACUAGAGAAAGAAUCAGAAUAAGCAGUAUGUAUCUGGAACAACAAUGGAGUUAGAUGUCAUUGAUAAGGAACUGUACAAUGACGGAUAGCUGCAAAGAAAUUAGAGGAAAUAAAACAUGCUCAAAUGAGUUUGACUUAUUAUUGCCCCCAUCAUUCUGGUUCCAUAUAAAAUGGUUCCAGUUCCCUAUGCCUUUUAGUAUCCACAGCCUUGCGAUUCAGCCACAAUGUUUGUUUUGAAACUUUUAUUCUUCUCAUUUUGCUAUGGGCAUUGGAAAGGGGAAUUUUUUUCCCUCCAAUGACCACUGCUGAAAAAGUUAGGAAAGCUCUAGACAUCAGACACACACUAAAUUAAUUUGUGGCUCUUUCUGAAAAGGAGAUUCCCUUACACUGAGUUCAAAAAAUCAGAUUCAUAAAACUUGAAGGAGGGCCAAGGAAUCUGCAUUUUGAUGUAGUACCUUUAAUCAUUUGCUGGUCUAAGGACCCUACUUGGAGAAGUUGCUAUUGGGACACUAAGGGGAAGUCAGCAUGUGGUCAGAGGCCAUACCAUUCACUGUCUUAGAAAGGUUCACAGAAUCACAUUCUGGUACUAAGGUACAAUACAUUUUCAAACUCCCUUCAUCAUUUCACCUGCCUUCCAACCAAAGUUGUCUUCCCAAAAGUGGGUGUUUGUGCCCUCUUUUGGAGUUUAAAAGCCAACAUCACAUCAUUAUAGCCUUAUCUCUUAUCCCUUGGGCCCCCAUUCCUCAAUCAGAAAGCCUUUCUCAUAUUAGCUUUACCCCAGGUGGAGAGGGGACAUAUCUGAGUGUGGUCUAUUCUAAUGAUACCCAACAGGGAAUGAAAGUAAUGGUUUUUCUCAGGGCCAGAUGUUCAUUUCAUUGCUCAGUCUGGGUCAGAGGAGUGAGAACCCAAUCCACAGUUUAAUGAAUCUGUUGCCCCAAAGAUGGUUCCAUUGGUGAUGUACAGAUACCAGCCAAGCCAAUGUGGAAUAGUGAGUAAAUUCAGCUGUGGAUAAUGGAGAUUCUGAACCAUAGCAUUAAUCAUAAGUGUAAAACAAAAACACAUGUUAAGAAUAAGCAUAAGAGAAAGGACAGAGAAAAUUUAAAAUGGUGAUAGCCCAAUUGUAAGGACAUAAAGUGAUGUGCUAUAAUGUUUCCCAGUCUGUCUCCUGAAGAGAUGACCAUGCCAUAAUCUCUGUCUGUCUACGUCUUUGUCUCUCUCUUCACACACACACACACACACACACACACACACACACACACACACACACACACACACACACCAAGGCUGGAAGGUUAUAUGAUUCCCCCAGUUGACCUAGCAUAUAACAGAAGAAUUAUUGGCUAGAUAAAAAAAAUGGCCACAUGGUAUAAGAAGUAGAAAAACUUGUCAUAAGCAUUGAUGGAUUUUGAAAUAAAUACAAAAGGAAGCAAGGAAAAACUAAUGAAAUUGAUGGACUCGAUCAGCUACCUAAGAUUAUUUUAACAUAAACACACACACACACACACACACACACACACACACACACACACACACACACACAGAGUUCCAUUUAUUUCUGUCUGUUGCUUUCCUUGCUCUGCUCUGCAAGAGGAGGAUGCUUUUAUUGCCCCAAUGUCCUAACCUUUUUUGUUGUUGUUGUUAUUGUUCCUUUUGUUUGGGAACAAAUUGCAUUGUUAAUUGGGUAAUGAAUUUUAAGUCCUAGAAUGUCAACCGUGGUUUAUUUAGGGAAACUAUUAUUAAAAAGAUAAAGAACAAAAUGUUCCCCAACCCAGCAUUAUCAUGUGGCUUGUCCUGGAGGAGGGUAGGGGUAAUUUUCUCGUUAAUCAGCCUUGUAAAAGCACUUAGAAGUCAACUAGGGAUUUAGUGAGUUUGACUUCUGUGAUCUUCCCUGUCUUGUGAGGUUAUUCUUAGAAUGAAUCUUUAGCUAUUUACCUGAAUUUGCCCAAUAAAAAAACAACAAAACAUCAGAUUCUCUCUUUUUGCUGAUAUUGGUUCCACCCAUCACCAGGGCAAGCAGAACCAGAACUGAUGUAUUGCAAAGUGAUGGUGAAUUGUUUUCCAAUGGCAUCUGUAUGUACAUGGUCUGGGGAUAUGCACAUGUGCACUAUUUUUAUGUUCUUGCUAAGCCAUGUAGGCCAGUGGUUAUUUAUCCAUGUGAGCACACAGAGAAAGUCUCUGCUUAAAAAAUUAAUAGAUUUUUUUUAUUCUGAACAAUAAAUUGUCAUUGACAACAUUGACUAAUUGAUAAUGGCCCCAUGAUAUGGUAUCAAAAAUGUUACACGUCUAUACGAAGGUAGAUCUUCUCCCUGUCAUUGUGUGUAGAGUCAAAAAUAUCACAUUACAUAGAAAACAAAGAAACAAACAGAUAGGAAAGAAAAGAAUGUAGUGUCAGGAUUGAACCAAGGAACCAAGGGUGUGCUAGGUAAGAGCUCUGGCCCUACAACUGAAAUCUGAAAGAAUUUUGAAGCAAACUAAGCUAGAAUUCAUGUUGGUCAUUAACAGAUUUUCUCCAGAAGUCAGUGGUUUACCCUUUUAUGUAGACAAACUAUUUUAGAAAUUCAUUAGACUUGCAUAGGCUGUAUGCAUUUAAGGUAGCUCUUAUCAACCGGGGAUGGCUUUGUGGCCCAGCAGUCUUUGGCAACAUCUGCAGACACCUUUGACUGUCAUAACUGAGGCGUGCUGCUGGAAUCCAAUGAGUAGAGAUGAGAGAUGCUGCCAAAACUCUUCCAGAGGACAGGAAAGACCCCCCACAGCAAAGAAUUGUCUAUUCCAAAAUGUUAAUACUGCCUAAGUUGAAAAGCUGAACUAAGGCAUCAUUUUUUUCCUCUUUAUUUUGUUUCCUGUUCACAACAUAAUAUUUCUAUUGAUUAUUUGGGAAAUCUAUUACAAUGGUCUCUGUUAACAGUUGCUUCCCAUUUCUCCUAAGUCCAACCUCUCACCCUUUAACUCUACCCACACCAAAGCGAAAAUUAGAAAGAAGGAAAGAAAGAGAAAAGUACAAGUUCAAUUUGUGUUGCCCAUAUACUCACUCACUGGAGCAUGCGAAAGUCUCAGUAGCCAGCCCUUUAAUGAUAACUGAGUUCUUCCCCUACCACUGCUAGAAGCCAUAGCUUCCUUUCUGCACCAUGUCUAGAAACAAAACAAAGCAAAACAAAAACUUUCUGGUCAAGGCACAAUCUAUAGCAGAACAACAAUCACCAACUCAAGGGCUUUGUAUGAUGUCCGAUGCAAACAUCACUUUAUAUAGAUAUGAGAGCUGAGGUUUAGAAGAAGGAGUCUGCCAUGGUUUUCGUGGGUUGUUCUUUGAUAGGGAAGUAGCAGUCGGUGGUGCCUGACAUCUUGGUUAACCCUUCUGCCUCCCAUACUCGAGUAUACUUUGUUGAUGUUGACUGUCAUGCUAAUAGCUAAGAGUGCUCAUUCUGAAACAUGUUGAAGCCUCUGUAUUGCACCACCCUGUUGGAAUGCUUUCUGAGCUGAUCAACAGAAGACAAGGUUUCAUGACCUAAGGAAGGGGGACAAGGUCUCAGAGUGGGCUAAAGAUUUCAUCAUUUUAACAUCUCAUGCACCCUAUUUCUUUGAGUUGAAUGGCCACUCAUUGAAGAUGGCACUUACACAUUGAAAGGUAUGUUUCAUUGUUUCAGAGACUUGUUCAGGGCUACCUUUCAUACUCACUCUAGAAGCCUCUGCAUAAGCCUUGGGUAUUGAGCCUCAUCUAGUAUGUACCUGUUGACUCUCUGAGGAAACUUUUAUAAUAAUUUAAAAUUUUAAAUAAUUUGGCCUUAAAUAAUUUGGUAUAUGUUUUAAAUUAAUCAGACCAACAUUAAAGUGAUAGGAUAAAGACAGGACCAUCAUAGCCCCAUUUUGCAAAGUGAAACUAAAGAAUGGAGAGUUUAAAAUCAAUCAAUCAGUCAAUCAAUCAAUCAAUCAAUCAUUUAAUGGUUUGCAUAUACAUUCAUCAAAUAUUGGCAGGAUGGAUGUCAUGAAAAUAUCACUGUAACAAACAACAUUAACUGCUAGGAAAUAGAAUACUGGGUAAAGAACUUGAAUUCUUUUGACCCAAACAUAUUUUUCUGUAUGUUUUCUAUAUUUAUCAUACAUAUUAUUUGAUCAACAUAUUAGAAUUAUCAAAUAUCAUGUUUUAAAUAAUGUAUAUUAAGGAUCUUUUAUGUCAGAAACUCUACUCAGUAUUUUACAUAUCUUAUCUCGUUAAAUCAUUUAAUAAUCUAAUGAUGCAUCCCUGCCACUCUACUCACCUUGCAGAUAAGCUCCAGGAAGCUCAGAAAGGAAAGGCAGCACGCAUGACCAUAAACACAGUGGCAGAAACAAGUUUCCCCCUGGGCUUAUUGUAUCCCAAAGGUUGUGGACUUAACCCUCUCAGUAUCUAAUUGUUUCUCUUUUGCAUUCUGAACUUUCACCUGUUCUCUUUUUCAUUUACUGUAAGGGAAGGGUAGCUAGAAUGAUCUUAGCCCAGCACCGUUUCUAAAAGGAACGAGUUAUUUUAAACUACAACUACAACCAGACAUGAAUAUCCAGAGAAGAUAAAGAAAAGGCAAAUGUGGAAGGUAGUUCUCAGUUCUCUUUGUCACAGGCUUUUCUUUGCACUUUGAAUUCUAUGGGGGACACUCAUAGUAUACAACUAAGGAAACCCUGUCUAGGCCUCAGGGAUACUCACCCCAGGCUGGCUUCAGCAUUAAGAGAGAGCUGCUCCUAAGACUGCUUGCCCUUCUGUGUACUGGCACCACAGCAAGUUUCCAAAGGCUAUGCACAUGUGUUCAUACAGAUGUGUCUAUGUAUCCUUUUGCUUUUUUAAGUUUGACUUUUAGGCAAAUAUUUGUUUUUUUUUAAAUUCAAGUCAGAUAAAAAGUACAAAUACAUUGGCUUCCCGUAAUAUCUCAUGAUUACUCUUCUAUGAUGAGGAGAGACAGAGAUAAAGCAAAGAAAUGAUAAUGAAAUACAAGAGUGUGUGUGUAUGGGUAUGUGUAUGUGUGUGUGUGUGUACGUGUGUAAGGAGCAUGUGUGUGUAUGUGUUUUGUGUUGGUGUAUAAAUUACAUGUAUAUAUGUAUAUAUGUAUGUACAUCUAUCUAGAUGUAUAUAUAGAUUGCUAUAUAUCUAUACAUAUUUAUACACAUAAACACAUAACUUGAAACUUUAAAAUUUUCAGUUUAGGAAAUUAAUUAUCACAUUUUAUAUUAGUUUCCUAGAUAGUUUAUUGUAGUUCUGGUUUCCAGAAUUCUCUUCUACUAUGAAUGUAUAUAUUUAUUAAUGAUACAGAGAAUAUAAUACAAAUACCUAUAAAAAACAAAGAAAUAAACAAAAAUGUAUUUAGAAAAAUGCCAUACCAUUGGUUGGAAUUUCAACCUAUGCGUUUCAAAAUUGUCCACUUCAGAAACAAAACAAAAGAAAAAGAAACAAGAAACCACCAAAUAAAAGUAGGGCUUUUUAAGAAUAAAAAAAAGAAAAUGAACUGAUGGCACAAUCUUAUAGUCCUAUGCUAUUACAUCACCUGUUGAUUAAAUUGCCGUCUCCUAGUUCAUGGGGUCUGUGCAGCCUGCAUGAUUCAGAGUGGAGCUAGUUAUCUGUUUAAAUUAUUUUGAAGUUAUAACAAUCAGUUUCAAAUAUGCUUUUUAUAAAUAGCUGCCAAAAAUAUCUAGGGCACAGUGAAGUGAUAACCAAACAGGCUCUAGCCUUCUGCCAAUAACUCUCUCAGCCUGUUUACACAAGCACCAAAUUGUUGCUCAGUGAGGAAAGAGAGAGCAGAGUCAAAGAAAAGAAAGCAGGACUUGUUUUGAUAUUCUAUAGACAGAAGAGCCAACUGUCUAAAUUUGCGGCAAAAUGUAGGCUAUCUUCACAGUCAGAGUCAAGUGCUUUGGUGAUUGCAGGAGAAUCUUGUUAGAGGAGGUUGAAGCCAAUCUACGAAUGCUUCCCCGGUGCUUCUUGGGUUCAGUAUGUAAGCACAUUAACUCUGACCCUUCAAAGCCAGUCUACUCCCCAAACCAAGGCUCAGUUGAUAGAGCAUGACUUCUUCUCUUGGGAACCUAUCCAAAGUGCUCACUGAGCCAGAUACCCAGGCACACUAGUGAGCAACUGAAUUCCAGAAGUCCUCUGCAGGUGUGGUGUUGAAGGCUUGAGGAAAGAAAAUGUCUUUUCUUUAUGCUUUAAAAUCAAACGUUCUAACAAGGUUCAAGAAUUCCCAACAUUUUGGAGUGGAAGGGGAACUUUAUAUCAUGGGCUCUUUCACUUUUCUUUUUUCUUUCUUUCUUUUUUUUUUCAAUUUGUCCUUGCAAUUUUUUCCACUUAUUAACUCUUAUUUUUUUUAAGGGAACUGAAUCAGGAGAAUUUUCCUAACAUCUUCUAUUUAAGUUAGAGAAUAACGUGGCAAUGGCGUUUUGGAAUGCAUGCGGGGUGGGGAAGUACAGGAAUCAGCCCUGCUCAUAAGGAACUAGCCUAUGCAAUUAUUGAAAUGGCAUCCUAUUUAAAACACUCAGAGACAAUGACUUACAAGGCCUUCCUUUCAGAAGUCUCCCUCAAAUUGGCUAAUGGGAUAAGCUUCCAGUGGGACACACUUUAGGCUGGUACUAGUGUUCAGCUAAGUCCAUAAAAGAACGACUCUUUGUGAUCGUGAGAGAAAGUUUAAAAGAAAUUAAGUUCUCAUUCCCCACAUUUUACAUAAGCAGCAGAGCACUAGGUAGAGCCAAUAAACAACAACAACAUCAACAAACACCUUUCAAAUUAAAUGUACUGUUUACACAAUAUUCACGUUCCCCCUUGACCCUUCUUAACUCUGGGGCUGUGUUGAGUAGGCAACCUGGAUUUCUACAGAUACAUUCAGCACGGAUUAUCACGUUUCUUUUUGCAUCUAUCUCUGAUGCUUUGAAAGUGAUGUCACCACGCAUGGAGGCGGCUAAACAUUGCUGGAACUAACACCGAGUGGUCACUGACAGGGGCCUUGCUCAUGUUCCUUUUUGUGCUGGCCUCAUUGAGCCAUUUGAUGAUGGGCCAGUUUGUUGCACAUUGAUAUAUACUAAGUGACACUCAUUGAAAUAACCUCUUCUCUUUCCCAAUGCAGUUUGCUUGUACAUAAGUGUAAUGUCAACUUGUUUACAGGUUCUUUUGUGUAUAAUUGUGAUAGCGGAUUUAGCUCAAGCCCUAAUGGGAUCUGUUUACUGAAUGGUGUUAAAACGAAUGUGCUUAUUACAGUAUAAACAUCAUUAAUUAUGGACUCACAUGAAUGCAUGUCUACAUCUCAUCAAUUUCCAGCAGCUCAGAGAUUCAACAGGAGUCUGCAGUCUGUGAAUAGCAAACAUACAUAAACUGCUUUGACUGAUAACUUAGUAACUGUUUUAUCUUGCUUUGUAACAUUGUAGAUCUUAGCCUGCUGUAUUUCUUUCUUAUAUAUUUAAUUUUUGAGAGAAACAUAGUAAAAAAGGAAACUACUGAGGUCCCAGGAAAAUUGCACAGCAUUUUGGCAAUCGUUGGUCUAUUCAAAAUGCUAAUUACUACCAUCCAUCCUCACUGCCAAUGGAAACAAACUAUUUUCUUUGGAAUCACUGAAGGAUACAGAAAGAAAUAAUUUUUUAUUGACUACUUUCAUAUUUUGUUUCAUUCUUAUAGUAGGGUAGAUGAUACAGGUGCAGUAACCGUAUUGUAAAACUGUGUGGCAAAAACUACAAAAGUAAUUCUGUGGAUAUAUUUUAAAAGGCAGAACAGAAACUAUAUUUCAGAUUCUUGUGUGAAUAUAAUUACAAAAAUAGGUAACUAUUUUUAUGUGUUUCCAUAAUGACUCCAUUUCAUAUACAUUGUAAUUUAGCACCAAUCAUAAUAAAUCAUUUGGUAACAUUUAGUUGUUAUAUAUAUAUUUUUCAGUACAUAUAAGAAAUUAAUGAUUCAACAUUAUUUCAUGCAAAGUCAGCAUUUUACAUGAAAGAUAAUUACUGUUUCAGUUAGUUUAUUUCUAGUUUGGUGUGGCAGUUUGCCACAGAGUGGUACAAGGAGGAAAGUAUUUGAUAAGUUGGUUAUUUAAUAUAGAAAUUUAAUAUAUUUAAUAUUAAAUUGCUAUCAGGUCAAUAAGUGGAAGCCCUACCUCUGCCUCUUGUUGUAUGGAUGGUUUUACAAUAAUUUAUUAUUUAUGAAAGAAACUUCAUCAGGCACCGGUUUCUCAGUAAAUGUAAAGCAAUAGAUUGGAAGAUUCUUGUGAGAAUUAAAUUAGAUAAUCCAAGGAGAUAUGUCAGAGUGUUUGACACAUCAAACAGAUACAACAAUAAUUCCUAGAGUCUCACUCAAAUCACCCCUGAAAUGAUAAUUUUAAUGUGGGAUUUGGCUUCAGAAGUCUAAGUGUCUGGAUAUAUUUAUUGAUCUCCUGUUAGUAAUUUAUCAAAUUUCCUGUAAAUAUCCACUAGAUUUUUUUAACCCCCCCUCCACUAUGAUUUUUAAUCUAAAGGGAAAAUUAUAGAGAAAAGGUAUUUCCUCAGAUAGAAAAUUUGAAAAUAACUUGGCCACUUGCUAUGGUGCAAUGUUUCCAACAUUGUUUGCACUUGCUAUGGUGCACCCUUUCCCUGCAACACACACUCAAAAUUAGAAAGAACUGGAUGGUGCAGUUUGAGAAAUAGAUCUUUCAUGCAUCCUAAUUUGUAACUUCAAACUCUUCUUCAUAAUAUUGAAUGUGAACUCUAUGGAUUGUGCAGUAAAGAAUUUUUUUUUAAACUUGUUGACCCAGAGUCUCCUACACUUUGCAGUUUUGAGACCCUCACUUGGAAAUUGCGGAUUCAUCCCUGGUCAAAUACAAGGAGAGAAAAUCUGAGACUCCAAGAAGGGGAGGCUCUGCUUCAGGUGUGAGCAACCUGGGUUUGGAGCUCCAUCUGUGGACUCAGGCUAGGGCUUCUUUUACACAGCUCUCAUGUAAAUGACUGGUGACAGUUAGUGUCUUAUUCUGACUCCACAGCACCUGUUCCCAUAUGGACUGUGUGCAUGGUCACAAGAAGCCCUGAAAUCCAAGCAUCAGAAGGAAAGGAUUCCAAGGCAUAGGCAUCCUUAGAUACAGUCAUCCAUAUGGUGUGGGCUGUAGGCUCUGGUUUGUUUCUAUAGACUGAUUUUUUGGCCACCUCAACUAAGACAGAAAUUGUCCACCAUACUGAACCCAGCAGACCAGGGGAAUAAAAGCUUACACAGACAAAAGCAGAAAGAAUGUUUGAGAGAGAUUGCUCUUAUGCAGUAGUAGGUGGAAUUCUCUAGGGCUUCUCCUGAAAAAUGUACCUCGUACUGGUAACAUAGAAAGUGAAUGAUAUCCAAAGCAUCAGAGAUUGGUUAAAGUAACUAUAUUUCAUUAGACUCAGCCACAGGGAAAGCUCUCACUCCUACCUCCUGCCCUAUGAUGAUAGAUGAGAAAGAAUAGCAUCAAGAGGAAAAGUUGGAUUCAAACUUUCUGACUACAGUAUCAAAGCAUGAACAGCUGCAAGGAUUUUUACUGCUCUUGAUCUCAGAAUUGAGUUUUCUCACAACCCCAGGCUUCAAGGAUCCUGAGCUGGGGUGGUAAGAACACUUCACCACUCUCUCAUUUUGCCUGGAAGGUGGGGGUGGGUCGGGUGCAUGCAUCAGGGAAAAGACUUCUCACUAGUCCUUUUCAGAGAGUGUUGGGUGGAGUGUCUCCUCCUACAUGUCAGCGCUGCAGCUAUAAGGCAGUGUCUGAUACAGCCCCUUCCCAGAAACUCAUCCCUCUGCCAAAUUGAUUCCAACAGGACAUGAUCAGAAGGAUCAUAACUAUGGAACAAGGGCAGAGGAAAUAGCCCAAAUCACCACCUUCACAGAGAAUAUGUCUCCUCCCCUCUAAUUUUAGUCCAAAGGCAGUGUUUCUCUCAAUGUCUAUAUGACACUCAGAGCUCCCAUCAACCCCAGCUCCAAUGGCAGCUGCCACUGAAAGAGGUCAUGGCAGGUGUUUAUCCCAACAGGGGGCUGGCAAAAGUUCCUCUCCAGGCAAGACAGCUUCAGCCUUUAAUAAGGCAUCCUCAUCUUGUGAGUCCACAAAAUUAUAGUAUGUCAGCAAAGGCCAAGCAGGGUGUGAUGUUGAAUUGCUUAGAAUACCAGAGCUUAGACUAUCUCUGGAGCCAUUGUGGGUCCUUAGCAACCAUGUCAGGUGAGCCCACAAAGCAAAGUCCAGCGUUACACUCAGCCUUCUCCUUGAUUUUCUUCUUCCUCUGGCCCGCUGAGAUGUGUCUUAUCUUUAGCUGGUAUGAAACGCUGCUACUCUGUGACCAGGUCUGAGCUCACAUGUGCUAGAGGCUCUUACUUGCUACAUAUCCAUGACGAAUAAUAUGAAACAAUUAAAUCUGCUAUCUCGGAGACCUAAAAUCACACGGCUGAAUAUGCUUUAUGACAUAAAUAAAGCUUUUUAUUAAAAAGAUAUUUUCUUUCUUACCCUCCCUAUACCUUCAUUCAUUCUUCCUUCCACUCUUUAUUUUCCUUUACUUUCUUUCCUAAUCUAAAUGGUUUUAGAAAGUAUGGAGCUAUGUAGCAGGGGCGGCUGGGAUUACAGGUAUGUACCACAAUGCCAGGCUAAAUGAUAUUCUUCUCUUCAUUCUCCUGGAGUCUCCACUUCAAUCUAUGGAUUUCUGCUUCUCGAAUUUCAGUCCAUCUGAUGUUCCAGCAUGUGGAGAGAGAGAGAGACAGAGAGAGAGAGAGAGAGAGAGACAGAGAGAGAGAGAGAGAGAGAGACAGAGAGAGAGACAGAGAGAGAGACAGAGAGACAGAGAGACAGAGAGAGAGAGAGAGAGAGACAGAGAGAGAGACAGAGAGAGAGACAGAGAGAGAGACAGAGAGAGGCAGAGAGAGACAGAGAGAGGCAGAGAGAGACAGAGAGAGGCAGAGAGAGACAGAGAUGGAGAGAAACAGAGGUACACACAGAGAACAGUAUUUUGCCACCGCUGGACACAGGUCCUUUUAGUUUCCACAUAUGCUGUGCAGUGAGCAUUUGGAGGGGUUAUUUCUGCCGAUGGUUUUUGGACAUUUGCUAUCUUUAGUCUCUACAAGUCUUCCCCUAAGAUGUGUCUGAUCUCCUGUUUAGAUGCAGAGCAGAAAGGAAUCUGUGAUGAUUCCUACAGAUUCACCAUUUCAGGCUGUCUUUAUCUGGGAUUCUUUGGAGUGAAAGGAAAGACAGAGAGCAAGUGGGCCCAGCAAUGAUGCAACUCACACCUUUUUGGAACGAGUCACUCCAGAACUGCUGGAAAUGGAGGAGCUACCCUGAUUCGUCAUGUCCUAAAGUUCAGUUUUUUCUCUGCUAGUGUAUGUGCAGCGUGGACAACUGAUAUUCCAAACUACUCUGAGAUUUUCCUGGGUCAUCUGGUCCAUCUUGUGUUAUGUGAAGCCACACCGAGUUUCUGUCUUAUCUUUAAUGUGAACAGAAGCUAAAGCAUUGGCAAGAAUUGGGAGAUAGCAAGCUUAGCUAGACAUUAGAAGGAACUGAGCUGGCUCUGAGGUUGUUGCUGUAUCUGUUUGUCUGUAGGAAGAUUGACCCGUGGUAGAUACAAAUUAUAAAAAUAACUUUAGGAAGUUUUAAAAUAAGGUAAAUGUCCUAUUCUCUUGAAACCCGGCAUUAACAAAUAUGAGGCAGUAUGAGGGGGAAAGGAGACAGAUUAAUAAUAACCAGUUAUGCAUUCAGGAGAUAUGGUUUUGUUUUGCUUUGGGUUUUGUCUAUAGAGCAAAUAAAUAGUGUGGAAAUUACUUGGGUCUAUCUUUUAAAAGAUGUGGCUACCUGUGGGAUCCUUUGCAGAGUCCAGGCUUAUGCUCACAGUGGAACAAAUUCCACAACAUCUUUUUGCACCUUAACUUUUUUUUAAAUAGGAAUGAUUCUUCAACUAAUGUUUUUGAAAGCUGAAGCAAAAGUUUGAAUCUUGAAAGUGGUCACAUCCUAUGUCUUGUCACAUAGCCUAUCAUGGGUCUGGCUAGCUCUUAUGUACCCUGAAAUUAUCGUCUACAGUGUUUGGGGGGAAAUAGUGGAAAAUAUAGCAGAUGAAGAGUCAGAAAGAGGAAAUAUAAACUGUAUUUUGAUGUACUUUUUCAUUAAUAAAUAAAUGUUAACUAAGA